AUGGCCGGCGCUGCCACGACAGCGACGGUGCUCAGGGCGGCCCCGUCCGUCCAUCCCAGAACUCGCAGGGAGGAUCCCGGCUGUGACGCCGGGAAGGGACCCCCCACUCCGAGCUGGGCGGUGCCCGUGGGGCUCUCGCUCGCCGCCAGCUUCAUGUCGGCCGUGCAGGUGCUGGGGGUGCCGGCCGAGGCGCACCGCUACGGCGCCAAGUUCCUCUGCAUGUGCCUGGGCCAGCUGCUCAGCACCCUGCUCACCGCGCUGCUCUUCCUGCCCGUCUUCCACCGCCUGGGGCUCACCAGCACCUACGAGUACCUGGAGCGGCGCUUCAGCCGGAGCGUGCGGCUCUGCGGCACCGCGCAGUACGUGGUGGCCACGAUGCUCUACACCGGGAUCGUCAUCUACGCCCCUGCGCUGAUCCUCAACCAGGUGACCGGCCUGGAUAUCUGGGCAUCGCUGCUGUCCACGGGCGCCGUCUGCACCUUCUACACCACCCUGGGCGGGAUGAAGGCCGUCGUCUGGACCGACGUCUUCCAGGUCUUCGUGAUGCUCGCGGGCUUCGUCGCCGUCAUCACGCGGGGGGUGCUGCUGGCGGGGGGGCCCAGGGAAGGGACAAGAUCCCCCGAGGCCCCUGGACUGGGAUGUCUCCGUGCCCCGUGCCGGGCUCUGGGCGGGCUGCACCGGGCUGGCUCUCACUGUGCUUGCAGAGCGCUGCUGGUCAAUCAAGUGGGGCUCUCCGUCAUCGUCUCCAGCGCGGUGGCCUGUGGCCUUGUGAUGUUUGCGCUGUACAAGGACUGCGACCCCUUGCUCGCUGGCUACAUCUCAGCCCCGGACCAGUACAUGCCCUACCUGGUCCUGGACAUCUUCGAGUCGUACCCGGGGGUGCCAGGGCUCUUCCUGGCCUGCGCCUACAGCGGGACCCUCAGCACGGCCUCCACCAGCAUCAACGCCAUGGCGGCCGUCACCGUGGAGGACCUCAUCAAGCCGCGGAUGCCUGCGCUGCCGCCGCGGAGGCUGUCCCAGGUCUCCAAGGGCUUGUGUGACGCCAACGGCACCGUCCUGCUGGACCCGCUGCUGCCGCGGGAGCCCCCGCCGGCCCCGGCACGGCCGGCGAUCCUAGGGGAAUUCUACGCUGUGUCCUACCUGUACUACGGGGCGCUGGGCACGCUGGGCACCGUGGCCGUCGGGGUGCUGGCCAGCUACCUGGCAGGCCCCGCGAAGCGGCCGCCUGCGGAUGUGCUGUGGGGGGGUGUGGCCUUGCGGGCGUCCCCGGCAGCCCCGGAGGGGACACCCAAGGGUCCGGAGCUCCCCGAUGCUGCCGACCGGCUGCUGCAGGAGACCCACGUGUAG